ACACUGAAAUGGAAAUACGUCUUUCCAGAGUUCAGUGAGUAGAAUAGGCAUAGAGAUAUCAUAUUAUACUAAUAAUUAGUAUACAUCUCUAUGGUAGAAUAGAACACCCUACUUUACUUGCAGCCACGCCCACCUCGUAGCGCGCCAUGCCAUGCCAUUCAUGCUUUGGGGCUUUUUGUUUGUUGUUUUCCAUAUCGCAUGGCGAUCAAGCCUACACCGGGCCGAUCAAUAAACAUGGCAGAAAAUGAUACUCAGCAUGCUAAUUCGACAGAAAAAACUAAAGCAUAUUGUAUUUCGAGUGUAGAUCUAGAUGUCAAAGAUGGAGAAAGAGCAAGUGAACUCGACAAUUUCGAAGGAAGCAUCGCCGAGCCCGAAUAUAGAAUGUACAAAUGGAGAUGGUUUGUGGUGGCGACGAUGGCAGUAUUGAAUAUUUCAAAUGCAAUGGCAUGGAUCUGUUUUGCUGCGAUCACAAAUUUCACUGCAGAAUACUUUGAGGUGUCCGUUGAUGCUGUCAACUGGUUUUCUUUGGUUUAUCUAGUUGUAGCCAUACCUAUGGGCUUUGUUGUUGCAUGGGAACUUAAUGCAUAUGGAUUUCGAAUUGCGAUUCUCCUUGGUGCAUGGCUAAAUUUCCUUGGCAUUCUCCUUCGUUAUCUCGGAACAGUCUUCCCAAUCCCACCGUCUUCCCAGUUUGCUGUAGUGAUGGUUGGACAGACCCUCGCAGCUUUCGGACAACCUUUCUUGCUCUUCUCACCUACCAAGAUGGCUGCCCUAUGGUUUAAUGAUAGUCAAAGAACAACAGGGAACAUUCUAGCAACCAUGGCCAAUCCUUUAGGAAUUCUUCUUUCUUUUCUCCUGUCUGCACUUCUUGUCAGUGAACCAAGUGAUGUCCCAUUAAUGCUUUGGGUUUUUGUAAUACCAGCGGCAAUUGGUGUUUGUUUGGCAACAUUUGGUAUAUGCAACAGUGCUCCCCCCACACCCCCAUCGAGCAGUGCAGACACUGAGCAUCAACCAUUUCUGACAGGUCUUAAAAUGCUUGUAAAGAAUCGUCAUUUUUUAAUUCUUUUCGUGACAUUUGGAGGAGGCUUCGGUAUUUUUAAUGCCAUUAGCACAUUCCUGGAGCAAAUUGUGUGCCCCAUAGGAUACAAUGAUAAUUUUGCCGGUUUGGUAGGAGCUUUAAUGAUAGGUGUUGGUCUUCUUGGAGCAGUAGUAGCGGGUCUGAUUGUUGACAAGACUAAGGCAUUCACACCAGUCGUCAAGAUUUGUAAUGCAGUAGCCAUUGUCUUUGUAUUCAUCUUGUCCAUUUCUUCUAAGUUUGUGUAUGCUGGUGCCGGAGUGUUGAUUGGAGGUGUAGGCUUUGGUCUCUUUGGUCUAGCCCAAUUCUCUAUUGCUCUAGAGCUCGGGGUAGAGUGUUCCUAUCCAGUAGCUGAGGGAACCAGUGCCUGUAUCUUACAGGUCUCGGGUCAAGUACAGGGAAUUAUUCUCAUCAUUUUAGGUCAGGUCCUAGCCCAACCUGUCAACGUGGACUACCUUCCUGAUCAAAAGUGUAUUGACAUGUCACUUCCGAAUAUCACAUCAGCGCCACCUACUGGCAGCGCCUUUGCAACCUCCAUGGUGCCCACAAUGCCAGAUGAUGAGAUACAAACAGUGCUUGAUAUGACAAUUCCUUUGUUUGUAUAUGCUGGAUAUGGCAUGAUCAUUACAGCGAUCCUGAUCCUCUUCUUCCGAACGCGAUAUUUGAGGCUCGAAGCAGAAAAAUCGAAACGAGACCCAUUUAACGAUUCCUCGUGACUGGAGAAAGAAGAAAAUAAAUCAACAAAUAUUUUGACCAGAGGAUUAAAUCUACCUCCUCGGCUCAAGUGAUUUGAUAUGCUUAAUGUAGAAUGAUAAUAAGAUCCUUUGAAUGUGAAUUAGAGAGUAUAUUUUUCAUGAAUUUAUUUCAAUAUACGUAGUUACUGAUAAUCAGUCAACCAUGUUAUAACAUUGGAAUAUUCUAACAUUAAAUGUUUGGUAAUGAAAUGAGGUAUAGCAAAACCAACACUAAAUGCCCCCUAAAAAUAAUAAUGAUAAAAAAUUCACUGUGUCAGACUGGAAUAGCAUCAGUGUCUUGCAUGAUCAUACAAUGCGAAUAUUUAGGUUAAAUAUAACAGAAUAAAUGAUAGAGUAAACUAUUAUCGGUUGUCUUGCGAAGCGGUUGAAACUGUAGAGAGUCACGAAGUUUCAAUUGCUGCUGCUCGACUUUGUCAAGUGAUGGAGACCUUGGUGCGAGGGCGAAUGUUAUAGCGUGUAAAGAAUAAAUGAUGUACAAAUGAAUUUUAAGACGCGGGUUUCAAAGCCUGAUGCCUCACCGGCUAAGAUGGAUGUCCACUGAUAACAUGUUGACUAGAGGUCUUUGAAUUCCUUCAAGAAUCAAGAUUUUGCGCUUGUCAAGAUCUACCACCAGACCUAUUAGAGAUUGCCUUCCUUAAGGGCGGCUUUUUGAGAGCCAUCAUUAAUGUAUGUCCCACAUGUGCUUUGAUGUGUUGGUGAUUUCAGUGUACUGUUUUCAGAUAUUUUUCAUUGAUUUAUAAUGUUUGCCGUACUGUAAUGGUACAUUAACAAUGCACCUUGAUUUUUGAAGAAUUUUCCUUAAAGGAGAAUAAAACCUUCGGAACAAGAUAGCUUGUGUGAAAACAGAAAUAUCCAAGAA